AUGAAGGAUGGGGGUGAAACAAAAUGGAUCUCCGGAGAAGGUGAAGGAGAAGAUGAAAUUCACACGAUUGUGUUGAAGAAAUCAUUGGAGGAGGUGACACACUCUUUUUUGGUUGAGCGUCUUCUCAGAAAGCUAAAGGUAGAUGAAUCUAAGAUGGAAGCGAGGAUUAGUUACUUUCCAAUGGUGCUGAAUUCGAACAAGUCAUCGUAUAUCUGGAAUGAUGAAGACGUGUUUGGCUAUCUACUGCAAGUAAAUCAUGAAAAGUGUAGAAGUGUUCUACAUGUGGAGUUAAUAUACAAAACAGAUGAAGCAGUGCAACUUUCAAAAGAUGACGAUCAAAAUGAUGUCGGUCUUACCGAUAGAGAAGCUACUGAUAGAGAGGCUACUGAUAGAGAGGCUACUGAUAGAGACGCUACUGAUAGAGAGACUACUGACAGAGAGGCUCAUGAUACAGAGGCUAGUGAAGAAGAUGGUACUGAUGGUGUGCUCACAUUCUACAAUGACGUUGAGAUGCAUGAGAAUUUAACAGGAAGUGAUGAGCAUGUGCUUGGAGAUACAGAAGUAAGACCAUCAGUUGAAGUCAGACCUGUUGUCUAUCAGACUCGGGAUGAUGGUAUGGAUUUGGUUCUAGGUCAAGAAUUUAGAUCUAAGGAGGAAGCACAAAUUCAUAUUCAGACGGCUUCUCAUCAGAAUUGUUUUGAGUAUGAGAUAAUUAAGACGGAUAGAGAGAGAUAUGUGAUAAAGUGCCGAGGUCGGAAAGACGGCUGCAAGUGGUUUGUGCGAGUUGCAAAGCUACAGAACUCAGAUCGUUGGACGGUUAUAAGUUACAUCAAGCAGCAUACGUGUUCUGUUGUUACUACAAGAACACUGCCUAAUAGAAGGAGAGGCUCCCCAGGCAUCAUUGCAGCUAUGUUGGCUCAAGAUUAUCCCGGUAGUUUUGACACACAUGUUCCCACUACUCUGAUCGAUUUGGUUCAUCGCAGGGUUGGUGUGACUGUAUCAUACCCAACAGCAUGGAGAGGAAGAAGACAAGCUGCUAAUGAAGUGCGAGGAAGUCCAGAAGAGAGCUUUUCUUUAUUACACAGUUACAUGUACAUGCUCGAGAAACAGAAUCCUGACACAGUAACUCGUGUGGUAGUGGACGAGGCCAACAAAUUUAAGUAUCUGUUUUUUGCCUUGGAAGCUAGCAUAGAGGGGUUUAGUGCGAUGAGGAAAGUCCUCAUUGUGGAUGCAACACACCUCAAGAAUGUUUAUGGUGGAAAUCUACUUGUUGCGACUGCUCAGGAUCCGGAUCAUCACACCUACCCAAUUGCUUUCGGUGUUGCAGAUGGUGAGAAAAAUGAUAGCUGGAUGUGGUUUAUGGAACAAUUGAAAUCAGUGAUAUCUGAUAUCCCGGGAUUGGUGUUUCUUUCAGAUAGAAACAAAAGCUUGAUCAAUGCAGUAGCUGCAGUGUUCCCUCAGGCCGCUCAUGGGUAUUGUAUAUGGCAUUUGUCUCAAAAUGUCAAAGGCCACGUCCGCAACAACAGAGAUACUUGUGCAUUUAAGUUUAUGGAGUGCGCAGAUGCAUAUACAGAGGCUUAA